UCCCGUGCUAGUAAACAGCUUUAGUGCUUUUCAAAUCGCAGUGUCGUGCUACAACAAUAACACCCCGAUCCCAUGGUUCUGUUUGGGGUUCGGUGUUUGUAAUUUUGGUGAAUGCACUGAGGUCACCAACCUCGGUUUUUAAUUAACAACUUGCGAAUAAAUUAUUCGUCAAUUUAUCUAUGGGAUAGUUUAACUGGUACAAUGAAUAACUACAUACAAAGGAUUGGUUUCACUGUUUGGCGAAGGAAGACGACAAUAAUAAUAAUAGCCGGAUUCCUGGCGUUUUUAAUAUUCGGCGUCAAUUUCAUCAAGGUGCCGGAAAAGGAUGAUUACAUGAAGGAAGAAAGAGAUGCCCAAGUCGUAGCCGAUGCCCUUUUACGCAGCAUUAAUGUUAAAUUCAUCGAAACGGUCAAUCGCAUAAAGGGGAACGGCAACAAUCGCGGGACGGACGCGCCGAAAAAUGAACAGGAGGAAGAUGCGACCAACAAAGACUCGAAUCGCGUCGAGGAGCUGGAAACUGAACAACAAUUAGGCAUACCUUACGUCAAUCUGGACCCCAAACAUCCGUAUGUGCCAAAGAAGAGAAUUGUGCACUUUGACCUUAAAGGUGCUCCACCUUUGGUGGGGUAUUUUAAGAGAAUGUUUCCCCUAAUUAAAAAUAUGGGCGCCACUGGAAUAUUAAUGGAAUAUGAAGACAUGUUUCCUUUCACCGGAAUAUUGAAAAACGUGUCGGCAAAGAACGCCUACACGGUAGAACAGAUCAAAGAAAUCCUUCACCUGGCUGAAGAGUCCAAGCUGGAAGUCAUUCCUUUAAUACAAACGUUCGGCCACGUGGAAUUCGUCCUGAAGCACCGGGACUUCACCCACCUGCGAGAAGUCGUUGGCAGUCCCCAAGCUCUGUGUCCUAGCCGCAACUCUUCGCUCAUAUUCAUCAAAGAACUAGUAUCGCAAGUGAUGUCUUUGCAUCCCAACUCGAAAUACCUGCACAUCGGCUGUGAUGAAGUUUUCCAAAUGGGAGAGUGCGAUUUGUGCAGGCUCGAGCUCCACGAAUCGCUGUUUCUGAGACACGUCAGGAACGUGGCGAACAUCGUACACGAAAAAUAUCCGAAGCUGCGCGUCAUAAUCUGGGACGACAUGCUUCGACAUCUCUCGCAACAAAGCAUGAUCGACGUGCAGCUGGGGCGACUUGUUGAGCCCAUGGUUUGGGUCUACGCAGAGGACAUUUACAGAUUUGUUCAGCCUCCAGUCUGGGACAAGUAUGCGGCCGUGUUCAAAACGGCCUGGACAGCCUCGGCGUUCAAAGGGGCGUUCGGGGAGACCAUGUACAUCCCCAACUCCAAACGCCACUUGGAAAACAACUUGAGGUGGUUGGAUGUGAUGGCGCAACAGCAGACGGUCUUCAAGCAAGGCAUGGCUGGCAUCGCCGUCACCGGUUGGCAACGCUACGACCACUUUGCGGUGCUGUGCGAGCUGUUGCCCGCUGCCGUGCCUUCUCUUGCCAUAAACUUGAUCGCCGUUUCUAAUGGGUACUUUAACUCGUCGCUUAAGGAUCAGUUUUUGUCCGCGUUAAGUUGUCCGCAGCAGAACGUUGUGCGUAACAGUCCUUUCAUUAGCCUCGAUUCCGAUCCGUUCAUGUGGGAGAAGCUGAACAAAUGCAUGUUUCCCGGCAGCUCUUUCUUUAGAUUGACGUACCGUUUGCACGGUACUGAGAAGGAGGCACGGGAAUACUUGGACACGACUAAAAGGCAUAAAGGAUGGAUGACUGAUUACAACAUAAGACAUAACUAUAGUUUACCACUGCGUGUUGAUGAACUGACAAACGAUUUACCUCGUGUUUAUCACGGAAUGAUUUCGUUGGCUAGAUCCGCCGUCGAUUCUAUGGUGGAUGUUUUUGAUAAUUACACGAUUUCCGAGUGGAUAGAACAGCAUAUUUACCCUUAUGUGGUAGCAUUAGAAAAUUUACAAAACCAAAGUAUUGCGUUGAAAAGAGUCAAUCAUUGGCCGUCCAGGCCUUUACCACCUCUAAAGGAGUUACAACGUUUGGGAAUUCCGCUUUCGUUCAACUAAUGGUACAGUUUUUGCUGUAGUUUGGUCAAGUGGAUAGGUUUUUGAGCAAAUGGGACCAAGUUAACUAGUUUUAGGGCUUUUAAUAAUCUAUUACAACAACAAAGGCCCCUAAUAAAUAGUUAUUAUGAGAAAAGUUUUAAAAUUGGAUAACCCGUUUAUUAAAUUCGUAUUUACAAGAUGCAACACUAAAUAAAAAUUAACCUCUUAGAAAAAUUACAUAGUGCAAAAAUAUAUUAAUCAUAAAUUUAAUAAAAAAUCUUAUCUUACAUUUGACCAACUUACGCAGUGGUACACUGACAAAAAGUAAUGUGAAUAUAAACAUGAACAAGGUUGUAACCAAAGACUGAACAAAAAGAAUACUCUUCUAGUACUUUAUAAAUCGUUUGUAAUCAUUUUUAUUUAUAUACAAGACAUAUAUCCACAUUACAUUUUGAUGAACUUUCCUAGGUAUACCCUAUUUUUCACAUUAAAUCACUGCCUCAGCACAAAAUAAUUCAAACAAUCCUUUGAACCGAACCACUCACUCUUCACAAUUCUUCAAACUCAUUACAUCUUCACUGAUAAAGGGACAGUUCCAAACUGUAUUAAUAGCUUUUAAUUAAUUUUUAACGUCUAGUUGUUAAGGGGAAAUGAUGAGGUAGUUUAGUGUUCAACCUGAUUAUUAAUUAAAUCUCGCGGAAAUGACAUAUUUUUGAUCUCAUCUCUUGUAAUAAAAUACUCGACUUUAAGUAUUUUUUAUAUUGUGUUAGAUUUAGCUAUAGCAAAAAAAGUGGCAGUUAAAAACAUUGUUUUCCUGGCUGUGCUUUUUGUUUUACCGACCUGUGUUUUAGAUAAUUAGAUCUUGCAUUCUCGUCAGUUUUUAAAAUAGUCAUAGUUGUUUCUACUGGCUUUUCUAUUUUGAGCCACAAACAAUAAUUGUACAAUACAGAAUGGCACAGAAUAUUUCUUAGUUGUAGGCAAGUUCUGGAUAAAAUCACUGUAUAUAUUACAUUGUUUAUAUAAGACUUAGAUCGUUUAAAAUUGCUUUUAAAACCAGAAAUGGAUCUACACUAGCUAAAAAUACGUUUGCCAAGCCGCAUUACGUCACAAAAUUCACACAAUUCGAAUUCUAGUCAGAUUACAAUUUAUGAUGCGGCUUCGUAACCUGCGACUUUGUACCUUUCUAGAUCCUUUAUAAAAUUUUUGAAUGAUUAUAUAGUCUGGUCAUAUUAUACAAUGUUCAAAUGAUUAUAUACAUACACGUUAUUUGUUUGUAGCUAUUGAUGUAUUAUUUAUUAAAACUAUCAUAUUGUA